AUGUGGUCUCAAUUGCGAAACAUUAUAAAUUCUGGACAUAUCCCUGUCUCCAAUUAUGAUGACAAUAUAUUUUGGUGUGGCUCUAAAACUGGAGAAUACAGUGUGAAAUUGGGCUAUGGGGCACAAAGAAUCAAAGGUCCGAUCACUUCCUGGCCACACAAGCUAUGUUGGAACAAUCAGCUCCUCCCCAAAGCUGGGGAUUUUCUCUGGAUUGCUCUUCAUAACCGAAUCCUAACUGGGGAUAGGCUUAAACUUAUAGGUAUCUCUGGCCCAAGCAUACUCAUCGAGAACUUAAAAUUGGCUAUUGAGGAAGUGGUCAACGGUAAACACAAAAGAAUUUUCAGAUGCUACAAUGACUGGGAUCGAUCCAUGGAAAAAUACUGGCGACUGAAAGACCACAAUCCUGGUUCUGUAUUCUCUAAUAAAAGGGUUGACCGGAAGCAUAUCAGAUGGAAAGCACCUGCACCAGAUUGGUUCAAACUAAACUUUGAUGGUGCUUAUAGAGGUAAUCUCGGGGUCUCUGGAUAUGGUGCCAUUAUCAGAAAUGUUGAGGGUGAUCUGAUUCUGGGCACUUACAGUUCACUUGGAUGGGCCACCAAUAAUGAGGCCGAGAUUCAUGCCCUCAUUGCAGGUCUCAGUUUAUGUGUCAAACAUGGUGCUAUGGUGCAAGUCGUCAUGGAUUCAAGCGAUUAUGGGUGA